GAAGUUGACUCAAUCCUCUUGCAUCCCAGUCGCCGUUAGAAUGAAUCGUAGUCAUAGCACCAGUGCAAUUUCUGCCGAUGCCUCGAUGGCCAACGCACUGGGAAACUUGGAUAUCCGUCUGUGGUCUUCCCAGACAUUGCAUCCAAAUGUUCAGAUCACGCUGGGUCAGUACCGAAACUUGCAUCCCUGGCGCUUCAACGGUCGUCAUAUCUACUGGAACGACUACAACUCACACUUGCUGGCCUUCCUGCGUUUGGGUCAAGGCUGUUGGACCCUGUGCAAAUGCCAGCAACCCGUCAAGUUGAGCAAGAUCGGCCGGCUUGUCGCCAACUGCCGUCGAUCCGUGGAGGCGACGUACCAGGCUUUGCAGAUGGAACGAAGCCUUUGGCAUGGUGGUGCCGGAAGGUUUUUCACCAUGCCAUUGCUGGCCGGGAAACAGUUCUUUUUCAACCGAAGCCAGAGGUUUGAAGAUAUUCUGGCCGAGUUUGCUGCAGAUCCGCCAACCAUUCAAGACAGCUUGCAGUUGUACUCGUAUCAAGCACGACCGCUGGAGACCAGUUUCUUCAUGGCUGACCUCAGCAUGCAGUUGGGUUUUUUUGAUCGUCCGCCCCUGAAUCUGUGGACGCUUGGCAGCUACUUCUAUCACACGGCUUUUGUUCCGGAACAUUCUCCCUGCUGGGGUGGCGGAUACGUACCCCAGAUCUGCUGUGAUCGACACAUCACAAUAGAGCGCCUCACAUGGUGUUUCGGGGAUGUGGUAGAUGACAUAGUUGAACACUGUUGUGGGCGAUAUCUGGCACAUCCUCCUGCUGGUAGUGUAAGCCCGGCAUUGCGGCAUGCUUCCUUGGAUCAUGAUAUCUCCGUACACAUCUUUCUGCAAAGCUUCCAUGGAGAUCGCUUUGCAGUUCUCCCUUUUGUGGAGUCGGUGGAGCGUUUCUGGCCCCAAAAGUGGAAGUCCAAGAUAUUCAUGGCCGUGGACGACAGCACGGAAGAUCGCCGCAUGUGUGCUGAGGUUUCGCCCAGAGUGAUUUGCAUUUAUGCUCCAAGCCUUCCGCGGCGGGGUUCUGCCAUCGACUCCAUCGAAUGGAGUGGACGCUCUGUGAGCCAAAGAUAUCGCACACAGCUUCUACAGUACCACUAUUGGCUUUCCGAUCUGUACAUCGCGGAGCACGUCGACCCACCCGACUGGGUGGCUUGGUUUGAUGCGGACGUGGUGAUCCACACGCCGCAAGUGGAAGAGCUCCUGAUGCCGCAUGGAUUGCCUGUAAUGUUUGCACGUCGAACACAGAUGAACUCAAUGGAGACGAUGUCUUUAGGCUUGGACUGGGUGGGCGAGUUCAUGGACACCUUCCCCCAGUUGGUUCGACCUGCCCAUUUGCAGCACUUCCGUGAGUUCGUUCAAGCGACGUUUAAAGAAUCCAGCUUCCUAGAAUCAUAUUAUUCCUGGCGUGUAGCGAUCGAAGAAGCUGCUUUGGUUCAUGGUCGAUCCUAUGGCUAUAUAUCGGAAUCUGAAGGACCUCAAAGCUCGUUCCCCGUCUUUCUGUAUCACUUCCACCAUGAUGAAUUCGCUUGGGCUUUACAGGAUUCUGCAUCUUUCGGACUGCCCUUGCAGGACACGUGCUUGUCGUUACGCGUGGCCAGUCAUGUUUCACACUGGAAACACAAUGUGAGACGCGGCAAUAUGACGGAGCAAAUGUAUGCACAGCGCGCACGGCGCUUGAUGCAGCUGGGGGAGAGGAGCGGUGGCACUUUGCGCGUGGCCUUGUUGAGUGCCAACUUUGAUCCGAAAGCGACGUGGAGUCAGGCAAGUUCGGCGCACUGCUUGGGACGCGAUCGUGAGACGAUGAUGAAUAACUUCUUUGCAAAAAGCGUGCUUGCUGGGCCAGGCGCGGAGGCUGAGGCACCCCCGGUGCUCGCUAAUCCUACGGCGCCGGCUCCGGUGCUGCGCGCCACCAGCUCCUACUCGUACGUCUUUCCAGCUGAGGGACGGAUUGACGUCUUGACGCCUGCCUGGCCUUGUCGCGCUCUGCGCAGACCGGAGAGGACACCACUGGGCUUUGCUGAGGCAUUGAUCCCGCUGCAGUUACCGUCGGGGGGGUUCAAAAUCACAGCAUUUCUCCUCGCUGCGGCGGGUGCCAGCGAGACCGGCCCAGCCCUGGCCAUGGUCGGCAGCGAGGACGAGGAAGCUCUGGGCGCACUUCUGGUUCUGAAGGCUGCAGUGCAAUUCUUGGGCCGUGGCGGCUCGGCUUGGGCAGGUGAUGCUGAAUGCGAGGCGAUGUGUCGCCGAUGUGAGGUGCUCGUCGGGUCGACACCGCGCCCAGCAGGGUUGGAAGCAGUUGCCGACAGGUGCCUUAAUCUUCUCAAGGGCCGAUGGUCCUUCUUCGAGCUUUGGGAGCGCCUGCUGCCCCAAGAGGUAGUGCGGCCACUUCGCCAGCGCGGAGGCAUUCUUUGCACGCGCUUUUUCCUCGUCGACCUAGCAAGUGCUGCAUGGUCCCCUUACGAAGUCGACAAGAAGGUGCCGAUUUUCCGACAAGGGGAUUUGCUGUACGUCGGACAGGCACCGCAGGAUUUUGAAUCGGACAACCACGACGCCAUGCGCCAGGGCAAACACCUGGAAGGCGCCCUGGUAGAGUACUCGGAGGUAGAGGAGGAGAAGAUUUUGAUGGCGCUCGAGCUUCCUUCCGGACAGCAGGUCAUCUAUGCGGCGGCACCGGAUGCCUUCGACACCUCGGUGGCGCAGGCGGAAGCCCGGGACCCGCUGUUCGGUGACGGAGACUACCAGCAAGCAGGAUACUCAUUGAGAACAGCCUUCACUAGAGACGACGGAGCUGAGUGCAACAUUUGGAGUCAGGAUGUGCAGGGAGCCGGCAUGAAAUCGGAUUUAACAAUGCCUCUGUCGUCAUACGUGGAGAUCAAGAAGACGACACACCUGAAUGGGUUGAACGGCGCUUUCAAGCUCAUGAAGUUCUGGCUUCAGGUCGCGCUCUGCGGUGCUGGAUGUGCCCUCGUGGGGCUUGCAGAGGGCAGUACGGCUCCGGUGGUGGAGAGUUUCUUACGGAUGAGCGCGGCGGACAUGGAAUGGCGCAUGAAGGAGGCCUUCGACGACAUCAUGAUUUGUGAGCGGGCAUGGGGUGCUCUUCUUCAAUCCUUGGCACAGCUUCUUGCGGACACUAGCGAUGGGCAGUGUCUCGUGCAGCUGUGGAAG